UUUUACCUAAAUCCAUUAUUAAUAAGUGAAAAUUAAUCUUGAAUGUCCCAUUAUUAAAAAUGGAUCAUCGUGAAAAAUAUUGUUCAACUUCGAUCGUUUACAACUUCAUUAAUAAAGAACGGAUUCACUUUGUUCGCAGCUUAAAUUAAAGAUUCAAGUUUCCUCUUUAAUUAAGUUCUUUUGAUAAUUUUAGAUGAAUCGAAUCUUAAGUAAUGAAAAUCAAUUUUCCAGUACACCUUACAAAAUUUUAAAAAUCCUAUCCUAACGAAAACUCAUUCAUUUCACUCAAACUCAAAUCAUUUCAUUUCAGCUGCUUAUAACUUUGUUAAUAAUGAAUGUAUUUACUUCAUUCGCGGCUUAAAUUAACCCUUUCGCUUCAAGCGCCGGAUAUAUCCGGCAUCUACACGGUCAUCCACGGAAAUUCCGUUCGGUGACGGCACUUUGGCGGACUGGACUGCCGACGCGAAAGGGUUAGGGCUUCUGCUCUCUGCUUUAAUUCAAUUUGUCUUGCAAUUUUAGCUAAAGCAACUCUUACGAAGUGAUUUAAAAGAAAUUCGCAUUGAAUCUCACAAAAACUGUACGCUACCUAUAUACACUUUUCUUACCUCUGAUAUUGUCUAAUUAACUGCAACGCGAACAUGUCUCCUUUCACGUCGAUCGUAUUUACAAUUUCAACGCGUCCCAGAAAUACAAUUUAUUACCAGUGCCGUUUGAUAACCCGUUAAGAUCACAUUUUUGUAUCGGCUUCAAUCCUGAAUCGGAACCCCAUCGAUGGUGGAAACAAUUUCAAAGAAUCUCUAAUUACCUUCAGUUUCACGUUUCAACGUUCGAACGAGCCAGGAGGUUUGAUUUCGGAUUCGAACCGUUCAUUCGAUCGAUGUACCCGAACGUUUUCAAAGAUGCAUCGGUCCUUAUAUUCUUCUACCUCACACCGUCCCUUUCCCAGAAGAUGUUCACCGAAGUCGACGUGCCGGAACUGCACCUGUUGGCGUCGAAUUUGAAGCCCGAAGAGUGCGCCAAGCUCGUGCUUUUAAAUUCCGAUCGUGAACCGUCGGAAGAUGAGGUGAAUUCGUUGGCCAGGGAGCAAACGUGCUUCCGCCGAUUGGUGAAAUGGGUCUGCCAGUUGCGCACCGUCACCAGGAACACUUAUCCGAUCUUGAACGAUCUCCUCGAACGUAUCGGCAGGCCGGAUUUGAUCGAAUGCUUGCAGGACUUGAGGGACGGCAGGAAACCUUUGGUGGUUCGCCAAGCCGAUGAGUCGGAAGAUUACGAGGCCGAACCUACGACGGCGGCAACGGCGUCUGCGAAAUCGAAGGAGGAAAACAAUCAGUUUCCCAGCGAUGCAAUUAAGAAGAUCGGUGGAGGCACGACGUUAAAAGUGACAUUGAAAACCGCCGGUAUAGUCCUAGCUUCCACGGUCCUGCUCACCUGUUGCUGCACCCUAAUAAUACGAAACAGGCUAACAAAAGUUCUAUCAAAAAUCCGAGGAAAGAAGAAGAAAAAUAAAUUGAUAGACGAGACUGAGGACGUGGCCAGGAGCUACUUAAUCCGUAGACCGAGGAGAAUUAAACGGAAACGGGCACCGUCCUACGAAAUGGUGCACACGGCCACGCAAAAUACUUUAACGCUGGGGGCGGCGGAGCCGGUGGUGGAAGAACCGCAGCCGACGCCAGCCUGUUUCAAGUGUUACAAGAAGAAACGGAAGAAAACUGCAAAGAAGCCGCCUCAUAGAUGAAUCGAGCCAACUCGUUUAUCAAAACAGCUGUAUAAAAGAUGUAUUAUAAUUCUCCUCGAUCCACGAUCGUUAAAUAAAUUGAUAAAACUUGUUACACUU